AGUUUCUCUCAUGUGAUUACAACUUUGAAAAGCCACUUGUUAUCAAAUAAUCAGUUUGAAAUAGUAACAGAAAAACUUGUUUCAUAUUGAAGAAAUGGAAACUCAAGUUUUCUUAGCUGCCCUGCUCGCUCUUUUAUGCUCUGAGGCGAAUGGUGAAUUCCGCCUCUUUAACGUUUAUCAAAACGAAAUGGUUUUGCAAAUGGAGCCAAAAAGCGCUGUUUUGGCCGGAUUUAGCGAUUUUGGAGCACGUGUGAGCGUCACCUAUGAAGGGAAUUCGAUCGAAACACCCGUAGAUGUGGACGGUACAUGGAAAAUUGUGCUCCCACCACACGCUCAGGGUGGCCCAGUUGAUUUCAAUUUAUCUCAGAAUGGAAACGAGACGGUCUCUUUAUUAGCCUGGUUCGGUGACGUGUGGUUUUGCAGCGGGCAAAGCAACAUGGAGAUGCCGGUCCGGGAGGUGUUCAACGCCACCGAAGAAAUUGAAAAAGCUCUUGGAUACCAAAACUUGCGGCUUCUGCAGAUAAAAAAUAAUUACUCACUUAAUUCUGAGUUAGUCGAGGUGGAUGGAUUUUCAAUUCCGUGGAGUGCACCAACGUCAGAAUUAGCAGCCUCUUUUUCGGCGCUGUGUUUGUUUUUCGGCGAACGCAUUUCAAAUCAUUUUGGAAACACUAGACCGAUUGGUCUGAUUGAUUCUUCGUGGUCGGGGACGAGGAUUGAAGCGUGGUCGUCACCCAGGGUGAUGGAAUAUUGCGGCACACCUGCCAAUGACGGUGAAUUUGAAAAUUCUGAAUCCGCUCUAUGGAACGGCAUGGUGGCGCCGCUCACCAAAACGGCCAUCAGGGGCGCCAUUUGGUAUCAGGGCUCGACCAACGUUGAGUGGAACAGCGCCUAUUACUCAUGCCACAUUCAAACCCUUGUAAAAGACUGGCGGGACACUUUUCAGCAAGGAAACGUCCCUGCCGAUGAAAACGCAGUGGCUUUUCCGUUCGGCGUCUUUCAGAAUGGACCGACGGAACAGGGUGACGACUUUCGGUGGGGUUAUUUGCGUGUGCACCAGACCGCCGAUCAAGGGGUGCUGCCCAAUGUUUUGAUCCCAGAGGCCUUUGUUGGCAACACUUAUGACCUCACCGACCACGAUUCACCAACCGGCGAUAUUCACUUUCGGGACAAACAAACGGCAACCACAAGACUGGCAAACGCGGCGAAGAACGUGAUUUACGGCCAAACAAAUUUCAGGAAAUAUGGUCCUGUGCCCAAAAGUGCAGAGUUUGUUUCUCCUGGUGCAUUGGCUGUUAAUUAUGAUGUUGAUAUUCGCAUUGCAGGACUGGAUGGUUUCCAUUUCCAAAGAGGAAACGGUUCUUGGAGUGGGGCUUCGUUUCAGCAAGAGAAUUCAACCGCGGUGGUUGUUCAGGUCGACCUGGACGCCACUCUUUUGACUUAUGCAUUCAGAUCAAGUGUGUGCGAGUACAAGCAAUGCGCUAUAUACUCUGCCGACGAGCAAGAUUUACCAGCACAGCCUUGGCUUUUUGUACUGCCAGCUUUUUAUGAUAAUUAAAUAAAUAAAAUCAG